AUGGAAUCGUCAGACGAACCAAAAGUACAGUUUCUAGACGAACAAGUGUUAACGAGUGAUGUCACGACUUCUGGAGCAUCUUCAGCAAGAAGUGAAUUCGAGGCAGUCACCGCCACGACCUCUAUGACCUCGAUCAUGACCAACACCGACAGAGCCAGCACUUAUGAUCAGAGUACUGAAGCAGUUUCAAAGUUAGUGGACGCAAAGGACGUUGCAGACGAGAUCUCAGAGAGAGAGUCUAGAGUGCAAGCCUCUGAAAAUGUGGACGAUGUCGAUGUUGAUGAUCUGAGCGAACCAGAGGCGGAGAGGCUAGCGGCCAGUUACGCACGUAUGGUAAAUAAAGGCAAACCUUUGGGUGAGCGAGUCAAAAAGGCACCGAAACAAGUCCUCCAAAUCAUGCAAUAUACUAGAUUGAUGGAGGAUCGGAUGCAAGCCCUUGAGAGUGAGGUUCGGGAAUUGAAGAACAUCAAAGAUGAGGACGGGAACAAGACAAACGAUUCAGAUGAGUCAAUAGCAGCGGAUAGGAAGUUGUUGCCUCCCCGUUUGAUUCCUGCGACUCGUCGAGCAGCAUGGUCAGAAUAUGCAGCAGCGCCACACACACAUGCAAUCGAAGUUCUUUACGGUGAGCCUGACGAUACACUGGCGCAUCAAAGUGCUGCAGAUAUUUGGAAAAAGCGCAAACUCUCAAACCAACCGACUAUUCAGAAGGUUGUCACUCCCUUGGCGUACAGAGAGGUAGUAGCACCUUUCAAACCAUUUGUCCUUUGUGAGGAUAAGAUUCGGGCACAUACGCAGACAUUGAUAGAACGUCUCGAGAAGCUUGAAGCUGAGGCAGAUACACAAGACUACCCGGUCACCAAGACCAAUUUGACAUCGAAAAUGUCAGGGGUGGAUAUACCAUUAAUGGCAGAAAAUCCGAGUGUGAGAGUGGAAGAGGAGGCGAAGCGUUCUAUUGGCAAUUCGAUUACAGACGAAGCGACCUCCCAGCCAGAAGACGGUGUCAAGUCAGCCACUGAAACAUUUAAACAGCCAUCCUGUAUGAUUCCAGUUGUUGACGGCUUUGACACAAGAGUUCUCUCGGGAGAAGAGGACCUGAAUCCUCAGGACAUCGCAUGUCUGAUGUACGCUUGUAAUCUAUCGCGCAAGCAAGCAUCAUCAAAGCUCUCGGAGGGCGAACAUGACAUAUUCAGAGCUGCGCUUACUGAGGCUGCGAAGGAGGAAGAAAAAGAACUAUGGGAGAAAAAUGCCGCAUUGUUCGAAGCGCGACUUCUCGUUCAAGAAUGGAAUGCCGUUAUCAGCCUCUUGGACAAUGAACUAGCCUCAGUCAUUAAGGUGCGCAAAGAGUUGAAGAGCGGGGAUAGAGAAGAAGUUGGCUUCGAUGAUCUGGCCUACAUGUUUGAGCCGGGUCAAUACGUGGUGACCUCUGAGGAUCAGUCAAGAAUGCUGCGGGUCUUCUCUGUGACUGGCGGCCGAAGAUUGUUGAACGACAAACUGAAGUCGGAUUCGGAGGGAAACAGAGAUGAUCUAUUAACUGCAGAAAAGGCAAUCACAAACUUCAGGAGUCUAUUUCAGGCCGAGAAAUACAGUCCCUUGGCCGUGGACUGCUAUCAGUUUGACUUCAACGGUACAUUUUUCGGGCCGGUCCAGACCACCUUCUACAUCAAGAAAUUUGAUGACAUUCAGAACGUAAGGUCCCAACCAGUCUUCCCCACCAACUUCCUUAUAAAAGAAGAUGGCCUGAAGUCAACACUAGCAACCAGGGGAAAGAAGUUCUUGGAGCUGUGCUCUCUUGAUCAUGUAGUGCAUAGAGAAUACGACGGUCUUAGUCUGGAUGAUCCACCUGAGCAAAUAGAUAGCCAAGUUAUCGUGGAUUUCGACAUGGCUUCACGUGUGGCAGAACCACAACAGCCAAAGGGUAGCGCAUGGAUACCAAGACUUGGACUUGACAGCCCGACGAAAACCGAUGAAAGGGAGAUGGAUCCAAAGAACGAGAAUUGUGUCUUUAGGGAUUGUAUCUUUUGCUACGCUCCCGUACUGAAUGAUCAGUCAGACGACCAGAAGCGUAGCAAGGACUUUGUUCUGGGCACUUCGCUACUCAAGGGUCCAGCGAUCAAAGCCAAAGAUUUUUGCCCAGAAGAUAUGAUGCUAUUGUCGCAUAGGAUUUUUGGCUUCGUACUCAGGAGUCGCAAGUGGGCUCGGCUCCACAUUGAUCAUAUCUCCCCUGUUAGACGCGAUGAGAAAAACUUUGAGAGGUUGGUUCUUCCAAAAGGCUAUAGAUCGCUUGUACGAGCCUUAGUCGAAACCCAUUUCAAGAAACCCGAUAUGAAUGCCGCGGAAGAUGCCCGUUAUAAUGUCGACUUAGUCCGAGGGAAAGGCAAAGGCCUUAUCAUUCUUCUCCAUGGAGCUCCUGGCGUUGGAAAAACCUCAACUGCAGAGUGUGUAGCCGAGCAUACUGGGAGGCCUCUGUUUCCCAUAACUUGUGGAGACAUUGGCGAGACCGCAAAUGAGGUUGAGAGAAACCUUGAUCUCUGUUUCCAAAUGGCGCAUCGCUGGGGGUGUGUUCUUCUUCUCGAUGAGGCCGACGUUUUUCUUGCCAAACGAAGCAAGACCGAUCUCCGCAGGAAUGCCCUUGUGUCAGUUUUCCUUCGGGUACUCGAGUACUAUGCUGGUAUUUUGUUCUUGACCACCAAUCGAGUCGGCACAUUUGACGAGGCUUUCAAGUCCAGGAUUCAUAUGAGCCUCUGGUAUCCUAGACUUAGCGAAAAAUCCACCAAAAAGGUGUGGCAAAUGAAUUUAGACAGGACGGUUGAGAAAAAGGAAGAACUGGGCUUGAAAGUUGACGAGAGAAAGAUUUUGAGUUUUGCUGAUGAUCAUUGGAAAACGUCCAAUGAAGAAGAUUCGGGAUUCUGGAAUGGUCGACAGAUCCGCAACGGUAUGGUCCCCUAUUCUCAAGCACAAACUUAUGCUGAUUCAAAGACAACAGCUUUUCAAACCGCGAUUGCGCUCGCACAGUGGCAGUUGAAAGAAUUCAAAGGCGAAAGUAAAGAAGUUGUGCUCAAUGACAAACAUUUCAUUAAAGUUUCCAAAGCCUCGCGCGACUUCGACAAAUACUUGAAUAGGACACUCGGUGGUUCAACGGAAGCAGACAGGGCUUUGGACGUUGGAGAGCGUGCCGAUAAUUGGGAUGAUGAUGAUUCGGAGGAGAGGGAAAAAAAAGAGAUUCGAAAGAAAAAGGCAAGGAGGGAGAGGGAAAGACCGACAGGGAUCAACGUGGCAGACUUUAGUGGAUCGAAGAAGGGAAAGAAGGGUAAGAAAACGAGGAAAGAGGAAAGUAGCAGUGGCUCAGAAAGCGACGAGUCUAACCCUCGUAAAUAUAAGGGAAGAACGGAAGAGAGCGAAAGCGAAUCCGACGACUAG